GAAACUGGCACGUAGAACGAACGAUACCUUGCAAAGUCGAUGACAUCUCUGGCCCUCGCGAAUAGCUGUUUCUUAAUUCCAAUCCACAUGGCGACGAAGCAACCAGUGCAGCCGCGCCCGUCUUUGUCCAACAUUCGCGUGGCUAUUGAGGAGGACAAGACGCCACCAUUGUCAGAUAAGAGACGAGUUCUUCGCAACCUACUUGUGCUUAGCAUGAGUUUCCUGCUCCUCUUCACCGCCUACCAGUCCCUGCAGAACCUCCAGAGCAGCAUCAAUGCGGAAGGAGGACUCGGGACGGUCUCUCUGGCUACAGCUUAUACCGCCCUCGUUACCUCCUGCAUGUUUCUGCCCAGUUACAUGAUUUGUCGCCUAGGGCUGAAGUACACAAUGGUUUCUGCGAUCUGUAUGUAUCUGCUGUACUUCUUUGCCAACAUGAAGCCAAUGUGGUUCACACUCUUGCCAGCGUCUUUCAUUCUGGGAGUGGGAGGAGCGCCGCUUUGGACAGCCAAAUGUUCCUAUCUCACAGCGCAGGCCCAUUUGUAUGCCGACCUUGUAGGUGCUUUGGAUGCUGCCCCAUUUGUAACUGGAUUUUUUGGUAUCUUCUUCAUGCUGUUCCAGACUGCUCAAAUUUGGGGCAAUUUAACUUCGUACCUGGUUCUGCGGUCCUCAGACAGUCCAGACGCCGUUGACACUUCCAACCUACGUCUCUGUGGGUCUUCCUUCCACCCCAAGGCAGAUGUGAAGCAACUCAACAGCACAAAGCUUGGCAGCGUCACCUCGCUCCAGAUACUGACACUGAGUGGCCUGUAUGCCUGCUUGGGGAUAUCUGCGAUACUAAUAAUGGUAUUGUUUCUGGACCCGAUCUCGAACGAGCUUAUGGAGACCAGUCCACCAUUGCGGUAUAUCACCGAGACCAUAGAUCACAUGAGAAACGCCUACCAACUGCUGAUCAUUCCCCUGACAAUAUACAGUGGAAUGCAACAGGCCUUUCUGUGGGGAGACUUCACGCAAGCCUUCGUAGGGUGUUCCUGGGGUGUACAGUACAUUGGGUUUGUCAUGAUGGCGUACGGCGUGAUGGACUCCAUCUGCUCUAUGUUGUUUGGCCUCCUGAUGAGAAGGGUGGGACGAGUUUCGUUGGUACUAACGGCGGCUGUGCUCGAUCUUGCCAUGAUGGUGCAUAUGGUCCUGUGGAAGCCGAUGGCGGAAGAUCUGUUCAACUAUUUCUUGAUAGCCAUCCUGUGGGGAGUGGCCGACGCGUCUUGGCAGACACAGAUUAACUCGUUUUACAGCAUUGUGUUCACAGACACCAGGAACGCAGCCUUUGCAAACUACCGUCUCUGGGAGGCAGUGGGGUUCAUCAUCAUGUUCUCUGUACAGAGCGUCUUCCGCUUUAGCGUCAAGAUCGCCGGGCUUAUGAUAGGUCUCCUUAUUGGCAUCAUUGGGUACCUGGUGAUCGAAUUUCAUAGCAAUACCUACAGAACUCCCACUUUGAGAGGUCGUUACUAACAUUCUGUCAUAGCCUCCGGUACAUAUUGAUAUUAAGUUUAGUGAAAAAAGAAUAGCAUGCUCAUAUAAAAAAUAAAACCGUCUACCGUC